CCCCACAUCUCGAUUCUGACGCGUACACCUACUAUUGGGUGGCUUAGCUGCAUCAGGCGAAUCGCGAGGUGUUCGUGUAGGUAGGUUGGUAACAAGGCUGGAGGCCAAUUUGGUGUUGCAGCAAUGGCUCGAGUUACGGGUUUGCGUCCUUCACAAAUAGCCGCCGCUUCGCUGCGGCAAUUUUCGUGUGUGGAUUUUGCUUUUCUCAAUCGCAUCUUUCCCAGCACGAAGGACAUUGUUGCGCCAAAUUCCAUCCAUAAUGACACAACAACCACAACAACAACAACAACAACAACAAACACGGCCGGAGCUGCUCAAGGGAGUAACCAAGAAGUCCAAGUACAUGCGCUUUGACUAUGAAAGGUACUCUGACAGCGUUCCAUCAGUUGUGCCUGCGGGACAUGGGUCGAUUGGAAAGGUCGAAGUUGACUGCCGGUUCCUGUUCUCCAAGUCGAAAUGGGGAUACAUGGGAUUGAAUUUGGGAAACGAGUCAGCCAAAUUUCCAGCCGGCAUCCUCUAUCUCGAUCUGGUUUUCCGGCAACCACAAGACUGUAAACUCCAGUCAGCAACAGUAGCUGUGAUAAUAGGGAAGGACGAGGACACAACUGGACAGGAUGGGUCACCUGUUAUGAUGACAGAGUAUUAUGGCCCGGGGCAGCUGCGGGGACCAAGGCAAUUGGUGCAAAGCAGACGGGUGAAGCAAUUCAUGCCUCACGUGGAGGUCAUGGGCUAUGGGGCUGGCGGCGCCGGUAUCUCGACAGAAGAAAACCGACACAUCACCGACAGAUGGGGCUUUUCCGGCCAUCUCCGAUCUGAUCCCGGCUCCCUCACUUAUAACAGGCUUGAGUGGGACCUCGACGAGUGCUUUCUUGAGGAGCGGCCAUCGCAUGGCAACAUUUUCCACACAGCCUUCGCCAUCGGCCACAAUGCCAAGGCCUUCCAUAUGACGGUAGAGGUCAAAGGCAAGCUCGCAAGGAAAAGGGACCAAUUCAAACACACGAUGAACAAGCUCAAGUUCGGCGGAAAUAAAGCACGUCCACAUGAUACAGCAGCCGUCAAAUUCCAGUGGACCCGCGAAUACUCGUCAUCUGUGUGGCUAGACAGCAUAGCUCAAGGUCUUCCGUACGCCAUGGAGGAGGAGAAUAUGCGUAGCAUUCCGAUUGAAGUUCCGCAGCCUCAACCAGCUUCCUUCCGUCCAGCCAUGGACUCAGAGCCAGCAACCGGCCCGACAACCAGCGCCCUAGCCCCCCAGCGUCAAAAUGACACGGCUGUUCCGGUGACCCAUAACGAUGCUGACGACCAGAUGAUGUUUCCGCGACUGCAGACAACGGCAUGGCCAAGGCUGACGGGACUUUCCAGUGCUCUGCCGCACCUCACCCCGUCGACACCUGAAAAUAUGGCCAGGGCGGCUGGGUUGGAGUUGGCCAUGACUUCUACGAUGCCCCAACAGUCGCAAAGCCUUGAGUUUCUCGAAAGAUCGGAGUUCUCGAGUGGCACAACACUGGUUGAAAGCAGCCAGGAAAGUGAGAGUGGAGGAGAAUCCAGUCCAACUUGCCGAGUGAGAAGGAGUAGCAUGCGUACCCAGUUUGAGGGGUCACAGCCAGGGGACUGCGCGAGUAAGGGAACUAAGGGGAAGGAAGUGAAGAUGUCGAUCGAUGAGCCAAAGAUGAAAGCAGGCUUUCUCCUGGGUCUCCUCUGUUGGCUGCAGGGUGGUCUCACGGUCUGGGACCUCUUCGCAGCAAUGCUUGGGUUUGCUGCCUACCCCGACCCUUCAGUAUGGACGAGAGACCAGCGUGAUCCGAUGGUUUCGGAAGUUCGGCAGAUAGAGCCCGCCACUUGGGGAAAGAAGCCAUGGUCAGAGGAUUUCGACACAGAUACACCCGUGAUGGUCGCAAACGGGACAGGGCAGAGGUGGAAGGCGAAGGAGGAGUGGGAAAAAUAACGGGAAUGAGAGAUGAGCGACGCAUUAAAGAACGCAGACGUUGUAGUGAGUUUGAUUGGUCGCGACGGCGUAGGUUGGUAAGGAAAAGGUAUUUGAGCUUGGGUUUUCAAGGAAAAGUGGUGUUAACUUUGUUGGAAUUAAUUUGAUGAAGUCGUUGACCCCUCA